AUGGUUUAUUGUCGCAUACGCGCACAUUGUUUGGCUCAACAAUGCGAAUGGAAAAAGGAAUAUAACGAUAUUAUUGAUUUGAAAAAAGAUACAAUUGAUCAUUUUCAAACAUACAACAUCGACAAUGAAUCAUCUAUUAUUGUUUAUUAUGAUGAAAAAGAAAAAUGUGAUCGAAUAUUUGAUGAUCUAGAUGUUUUACCAACAGAUAAUACUACCGUGUUUGAUAUUUAUGUUAAACGAAUAUGGGCCUGUUGUGCUGUCUGUUUUGGCCCAUUUGACAUUAUACCUGACCGUCUUCCACUUGAAUGUAUUGAGAAACUUUGUCAUGUUCAAUAUUGUGUUAACUGCGUAAAUAUUAUAUGUAAACCUAGUACGAGUCGUAAAUUUACUUGUAUAUUUUGUAAGAAAACCAAUGAUCGACCUCAACGUAAUAUUUUACUUGAAAAUAUAUUUCUUUGGAAACCAUAUACAAAUAGAUAUGGUGCACAUAGUACAGAACGUAUAGAAACAAUAUUUAAUGGGCCUAACAUAUCGGAUGCUAUUCAUCGAAUUGAAAAUCGUCGAACGCAUAUUAAAAUGUUACAAGCUACAUUACAAAAACGUCUAUCGACGAUUGUAGAUCAAGAUUCUUAUUCAGAUGAAACCAAAAGCUAUCUCCGAACAGCUGAUCAUUUAAUUGAUAAAUUAGAAUCAUUUAUAACACAAUUGAGAGCAUGCGAGCGAAAUAUCAGAUCACAAGCGAUCACUUUUCGAGCUCUCAUAAAUAAUUAUCGUACAUUACUUCGAGAUAGUAUCUGUGAAAAGCCUUCGAAACAAGAAGCAGCUUCGUUUAUUGUUUUAUGUGCAAAAUUAUGUGUUGCUGAUUAUGAUACUAUAGAACGUAUGAUAUCGAUAGAUGAACAAUCGAUUAUUACUGACCCGAAUUACAUUUCUAUGUAUGCGGCUAAUAAAUUGAAAGAUAUGAUUUUUAAAGAAAGUAUUACAUGUGUAAAUGAUAUACUUGAAGAUAUUGGUUAUAGACGCAGAAUUAUUGAAGAAAAACAACAGCAAAUAGCUGAAUUUUAUUUGAAUACUAGUUGUCAUCCAUUUCGUUUUUUCUAUACUGUGCAACAUGACAAUGCAACAAAAAUGCUUAGUUCAUUUGAUGAAUUUGAAAAAAAAUGUAUUUGUUUUCGUGAUAUUUACUAUCGAAUCGAUAGUAUUAUGCAAGAAUAUAGAGAUGAAUUAAUGAAAAAAACAUUAAAUGAUACAUCCAAUGAAUAUAGUUCAUUACCUACAUCAGAACAAAUGGCUACAUUUCAAUGUUCACGAUUGAUACUUAUAUCUGAGUUAUUACGUUCUGAAACAGACCGUAUUGAAAUGAACGCGCUUUUCCCUCGAAUAACUGAAACAGUAAAACAAUGGAAACAAACAAAAGAUCAUGAUCCUAAAAUUUAUGAUCUAUUUUAUGCAUUAGAACAAGAUCUUUUGCUGUUAAAUGAUCCAAAUUGUUCUUUACUCAAUAUUAUUCCAUUUCGAGUAGGUUUUAUUGGAAAUAUCAGUGUUGGUAAAAGUUCUCUAGUUAACUAUUUACGUACUGAAAAUUCCAUAUCUACACUUACUAAUCGAACAUUAUCUCCAAUAGCAGUUGGCCAGUCAACUGUUGGAUCAUUGCAAUUUGAUGAGCAACAUCAAUAUUCGAAUACACAACCUAUUGUCACUAUUCGCUAUGUUGAUAUUGAAGGUUAUACUGCUUGUAAUACACUAGUACAAGCUGCAUCUUAUUUUGAACAAAUUCAAAAGGCUGAUUGUGAUUUAUAUAUUAUUUUAUUUACUGGUCAACAAGUAAGUUUUGAACGAGAAUUAGAAAAUGAAAUUCGAGAACGAUUGAAUCGACCAUGCUGGUAUGUACGAUCGAAAGUAGAUAAGGAAUUCGAAGAACACUUUAAUGAACAAGUAACACGGCGAAAAAAGCAUUAUCAUGAUAUAGAAUUUGAUGAGCAUGAAGAAAAAGAACUAACUGAACAGAUCAUUGAAAUGAUUCGAGAGAAAACUAUUGGAAUAUGUCAGACUUCACCAGAUAAUGUCUUCCUUGUUAAUUCUCUUUAUUCAAAUAGUAAAACACAUCCAUUUGAUAUACAUCUUCUUAGUGAACGAUUGAUUUAUACUGCUCAACAACCGUAUGUAAAAGAACGUAUCAAACGGAUGGCUAUUAUGGUAUGUACUCGUAUUAUUGGCAUUUAUUUUCGUCGACGUUGUAUUAUAUCAUUUAUUAAUCAUCAACGUCGAGCAGGUAUCGGUGCAAUGGUAAUACCUUGGGGAGAUCAACUAGCACUUGUACAUACGCGUUUUGGUAUUCGCCUGGCACUUGGAGUACAAGAUCGAUCAUAUUUGCAUAAUCGUAUUUUGAACAAAGUUGAUGCAUUUACAUCCCUACUAGUCAAGUAUCAGUUAAACAUUAACCCAAAUGAUCUUCAAUCUGAUGAAUUUAAUUAUUUAAAAAUAGACAAUUCAUCCAUCUUGGUCAAUACGCAUGAUCCUCAAAAUGAAUACUCGAGAACAAUUUCGCUUGGAAGUGAAUCAAAAACAGAUUCAUCAAUAGUAAAAAAAUUAUCAUCAGCAAUGCCAGCAGGCGUAGUUGCAAGUGGUCUAGCAGUAAAAAAGAUAGCAGCAGCUACUUUAGCUGUCGGUUCAUUUGGGUAUGGUAUAAGUGUAGGUUUUUUCGGUUUAGGUUUUGUUGCAUCGAUUCCUAUUGGCUUAUGGACAAUGAAAACAUCAGGCCAAGAAAUACGUAAUUAUCUAGAUAAACUAUGUGCUGAUCUACUGAUCAUUUCAGAACAUUUUGUUGUUGCCAUUAUUAAUCAACAGGAAGCAGCAGUAGAGAACGACUCUUUAGAGCAUAACAAAUUUAUUCUUAAAAAUAUUUGA